AUGAUCGGGGCUACUGACGAGGAGCUCUUCCCGGCGCUCAACCUCGUCUUCGUGGGCUACGCGUGCCUCAUCUUCCUCCCGCGAUGGCGCCACACUCCCGCCCUGACCCUCACCGUCGUCACGCUGUACUCCGCGAUUUACGCCCUUCUCCUCGUCCAUCGCCUCGCACUGUCGCCCACGCCGCUGCCACCAAUCUCCUUCGAUUCGCUCGACCACAUAGCGGUGCUCUUCGCCGAUCGCGCGGUGCUCUUCGCUGGGUGGGACCACUACAUUGCCUUCGACCUCUUCGUCGCGCGCCACGUGUUGCUCGACUCGCAGGCCCGCGGCAUCCCGCAUCUGGUCGUAGUCGGCAUCGUGCCGCUUGUACUGCUUGCGGGCCCUGCAGGCUUCGUGCUUUACAUGGUGGUUGUGGUCCCACUCCACGCCGCCCUGUGUGGCGGCGUCGUGAGUGGCGAGAAGGCGGCCAAAGCGGCCUAG